AUGGUAAUUGCAGUCGCGGAUGUGUUUCGAAGAAAGACCAAAAUCUUAGAGCUUCGUCCGAAACUUUUAGAACUGAGUGGCAUGAUGUGGAUAAUAGCGGCCCAGCGAGAGCAUUUCGCAGAAGAAAUCAAUGCUUUGAAAUCGGAUAAAUUACUCUCGUGCAGGUCACCGUUAUUGUCGUUGACACCUUUUUUCGAUGGAGUCUUCUUGCGUGCAAAUGGUCGCUUACAAGAGUCACCUGAGCCGCUUGAAACGAGGCAUCCAAUAAUAUUGCCAUACAGUAGCACUAAGUGUAAAGAUAGUUGUUCUUGUCGUGUGUCUUGGCUUCUGAUGUGUGCAGCUCAUUGUCGAUUAGCGCAUUCUGGCCCAGAUGCAAUGUUAGCGUCGAUCCGGCAAAUUAUUCUGGCCAUUGAAGGGUCGCAAACUUGCCAGUCGCGCAAUAAAGAAUUGUUGGCCGUGUCGGAACGCUCAGCUCGCCCUCAACCGCCCCUUAUGGCAAACUUGCCCGAGGUUCGUCUGACGGAGGCGAGGCCAUUUUUGAACAAAAGUUUACAGCAAUCCGAGGCCCCUAAAGGAAUAUGGAGUGACAACGGGUCCAAUUUCGUUGGCGCUUCAAGAGAAUUACGGCAAUUAAUUUCUGAUCUGGAUCAAACUCGCAUUACCAACGAAUGUUUGAAGAAAGGCAUUGAUUGGAAUUUUUCGCCACCUUAUGCCCCUCAUUUCGGGGGCAUCUGGGAGCGGCUCGUCAAGAGUGCAAAGCGUACUUUGAAGGCAGUCCUUGGUAACCUAUGUGUAACGGACGAAGUAUUAACGACUGCGUUCGCUGAAAUUUCCGAUAUUAUGAACAGCCGUCCUUUAACUCAUAUUGGGGACAACGUACGUGAUCCAGCACCCCUCACGCCCAAUUGUCUUAUACGUGGGCAUACUGACGCAAAUACACCACUGGAUACGGAUUGUACAUCAACAGCGCAUCGGAGAAGAUGGAGACAAACCGAAGCAAUCUCGAAUCAGUUCUGGAAGCGAUGGCGGCGAGAGUACCUACCAAUGUUGAUGACUCGAACAAAGUGGCUGAAAGAUCAUAGGAAUUUAUCGAUAGAUGAUAUCGUAAUUGUUGUAGAUGACGGCGCGCCAAGAGGAAGUUGGCUACUAGGAAGAGUUAUCAAAGUUUUCCCUGGAAAAGAUAACCGGGUGCGUGUCGCAACCGUUAAAACAACAAAUGGGGAAAUAACCAGACCUGUGACGAAACUAUGCCUCCUGGAAAAUGAAUAA